AUGGACCCCGCAACUAUCAAGAAGGAGAACGUCAAGCUCAUAGUCAGCGACGUGGACGGAACGCUACUGGACUCCGCCCACGAGGUUCCUGCAAAAACGCGCAAUGCAAUCCUGGCCAUCCGCAAGUCGCACCCAGAUCUGCCGUUCAUAAUAGCCACCGGCAAGCCCUUCGCCGCCACUUUGGAUAUCCGCCGCGACCUCAACCUGACUCCUUUCCACUGCAUCCAUACAAAUGGAUGCCUGAUCUACGGGCCAAACGACGCGAACGACGGGACAACCCUUGACUGGGCCGAAAACCUGGAAACGGAUUUCGUUAGGCGAGUUGUCCGUGAGAAUCGGAAGAGGCAGAUAGGGACAUUCGUUUAUGUUACGGAUGAGGUGUUUGAGGUCGUGCUUGAUGCGAGAGGCCGGGUGGGCGGGCCUGCGAGGGAGGAUGGCAAGGGCUGGUUAGAGAUUUUGAGAGCGUUUGGGGAGGACGUCAAGGUGCCGCCCGAGGGCUUUUUGGAGAGGUUGGAGAGCGGGGAUGUGAAAGUGCAGAAAAUGGUCCUUUGUGUCAACGACCCAGAAGUUCCAGCUUUCCGCCAGCAUCUCGUUACAGAUUACCCUGCAACAUCAUUCCACCUCACGCAAGCCCUAACCUUUGCCCUCGAGCUGCUACCGCUGAAAGCAUCCAAACAAGCCGCUCUGCAACACAUAUGCGAUGAACUCGGCAUAACCGUGGACAAUGUGCUGGCAUUUGGAGAUGGAGAGAAUGAUGCUGGGAUGUUGGGGACUGUCAAGUACGGCGUUGUCAUGCCCAAUGGCAUGGAAGGAGCGAAGAAAGCAGCGGCGUAUGUGGCACCCGUGACCAACGAUGAGGCGGCUGUAGGAGUGGUUCUGGACUCAAUUUUUGGACAGUAG